AUGUCGCUCGAAGCUACGAUGAUCAUUGUCGACAACAGCGAAAGCAGUCGCAAUGGUGACUACACAUCAACUCGCUGGCAAGCUCAAGUCGAUGCCGUCAGUAUCAUCCACAGCGUCAAGAUGCGCGUACACCCACAGUCUGCUGUUGGCCUUAUGAGCAUGGGCGGCAAGGGCCCUGAGGUGCUUUCCACUUUUACAUCCGAUUUCGGCAGCAUUCUCGCCGGUUUGCAUCGCACGAAGAUUCAUGGCACCUCUCAUCUGAGCUCGAGCAUCCAGGUCGCAGGUUUGGCGCUCAAGCACCGUUCCGAAAAGUCUCAGCGGCAACGAAUUAUCGUGUUCUCCUGCUCCCCGAUCGAAGAAGACGAGAAAACUCUGGUCAAGCUGGCCAAGAAGAUGAAGAAGAACAACGUCUCCAUCGACGUGGUGGCAUUCGGUGACCUCGAGUCCGAUCAGACUAAGAAGCUGGAGGCCUUUGUGGAUAAUGUGUCGAGCGGCGAUAGCUCCUACUUGGCUAUCAUCCCGCCCGGUCCUCACCUGCUCAGUGAGGAGCUCCAGCAGACUCCUAUCCUCGCGGGUGAAGGGGCUGGUGCCGCUGCCUCAGGAGGCGGCGAUGGUGGCGAUGCGGGUGGAUUCAACUUCGAGGAAGCUGCUGAGAAUGAUCCUGAGCUCGCCUUUGCCUUGCGGUUAUCCCUGGAAGAGGAGAAGAACCGACAGGAGAAGGAGAAGCGUGACCAGGACGCCCAGGAGGGCAAGACGGAGCUGGGCAAUAUCCCUGAAGAGGGCCAGGGCGAGUCGAGUGGUCAGGAUAAGAAGGAUGACGACAAGAUGGACACUGCGUAG